AUGUUCGAGCAGGACUACCUGAACGACGACGAGGCCUCUGCGGACGAGCGCGGCCGGUCGCCGAGGGGUGCCGGCUCUGCCGCACGCUUUGUGGCGGAGCGCGCGGAGCACCGCAUGGACCGCGGGCACGACAUCUUCGGACCCUCGCGGCGGGGGCGGACGAGCCGCGGCCCCUUCGGCGGCGAGGCCUUCGGGUCGGCGCCGAAGGAGCGGGACCUCGACCUGCUAGACCGCAGCAGCCUCGGCGGCGGUGUGCCACGGGAGCGCGUCGUCGAGCUUCGCGACUACUCCUCCAAGGCGGUCGUGCACAGCUUCUGCGAGCGGGAGCGCACCCGCGCGGGGGAUCCGAUGGCCGACUUGGAGAGGUUCGAGCAGACGCUGGGCGGCGCGGGGGCCGCGGGGCGGCGCGCGAGCGGCGGCGGCAAGGCUGGGGAGAUGAGCGCCGCCCACGAGGCGCGGGAGGCGGCGCUGCUCAGCGGGCGGGCGCAGAAGGCCGCAGGCUUGAAGGGGGAGCCCGCCUCGCGCGAGGUCGGGGGCGCGGCCUGCGAGAAGGACGAUAUCGCCAAAGCUGCCAAACUAGUUGGGCUCGUGGGCGCGAAGGGCAGUGGCCAGGGCCCCGAGAGCAGCAGCUCCAGCAGCAGUUCCUCCAAGAAGAGGAAAAAGAAAAAGAAGAAGAAGGCCAAGAAGGAGAAGAAAAAGGACAAGAAGAAGAAUAAGGAGAAGAAGCGCCAGAAGAAAGACCAGCAAAAGGCCAAGACGGAUGCGAAACAGCCCAAUCACGAUGCAGAGGUGCAUGGCAGAAAACGUAUUCGUGACACAUCCGGCACAGACAAUUCUUGA